CACCGGCAGGGCACGGGAGCCCGGGGCAGGGCGGGACCCGGCGCGGUGCCGACCCCCCCCUGCAGCGGGGGCACCCACUGGGGGAGCCCAAACCCGGCACCCCCGGGGUGACCCCAGAGGUGGGGGGGGGGCUCCUCGCCCCCCUGCACCCCCCCGGUCACUGCCCUGCCCCGGUGCCGGUGUUUAGGGGGGGUCCCCGGGGAGCGGCCCCCCCAUAGCAGCCAGGCACUGCAGCACCUUGGGGUGCAGGAUCCCAGCCGAGAGGGGCCCCGUGCCCACCCCUCCCCUGCUGCAGCGCCGGGGGGGGGGGAACGGGGGGGCUGCCCGGGGUGGCGGAGCCAUGGAGCCCACGGGGCUGCCGGAGCCCUCCCUGUACACGGUGAAGGCGCUGCUCGUCCUCGACAGCCACGGGCAGCGGCUCCUGGCCAAGUACUACGACGGCAGCUUCCCCACGGCGCAGGAGCAGGCGGCCUUCGAGAGCAGCAUCUUCAGCAAGACCCGCGGGGCAGGCGGGGAGAUCACCUGCCUGGACGGCCUCACCGUGGUCUACAGGAGCAGCAGCGACCUCCUCUUCUGCGUGGUGGGGGGCCCCCAGGAGAACGAGCUGAUGCUGUCAGCCGUGCUUGGCUGCCUCUGCGACGCCCUCAGGCCUCGUGCUGCGGAAGGACUUGGAGAAGCGCUGGCUGCUGGAGAACCUGGACGGGGCCUUCCUGGUGCUGGACGAGAUCGUGGACAGGGGGGUGAUCCUGGAGAGCGACCCCCAGCGCGUGCUGCAGCGCCUGGGCCCGCGGGCCCCCGAGCCCGCUCCCUACGGCUUCGUGCUCUUCGAUUACCUGGCGGGCAGCCGCGAGCAGGGGGGCGCGGGGGGCGCCGACCCCCCCAAGUAGAAGCACCCAGGGGCUGCAGCCCCCCCCCGGUGGCCCCGAGCCAGCUCCCACCCCCGGCGUUAGGAACAGCGAGGGAACCGCUCAGGAUCCCGGAGACCAGGUUGGCCGCCCUCCUGCCCCCCCGUUGGGCCCCCGUGGAUCCCAAACGGCUCCGGGCUGCCCCCAAUAAAGCUGCUGCCCCCAGCGCCCCCACCCCCGCCUCUGCCCCCCUCAUUCUGGGGGGCUCAGCCCUGCCACGACCCCCGCCCAGUGCCCCCACCCGUGGGGUCUGAGGGGCGAGCACCAGGGGGCUGCCGGUCGCUGGGGGGUGCCCAACCCGGUCUGUUACAGCCACACGGCACCGGCCCGGACCCCCCGUGCCCCCC